AUGCCAACUUAUGGCCAAGACAAGAUCCGCCGGUUUGGGAAGGAGGCCAUGAUACCUGCGUUUGAAGGGCUCAUGCCACUACGGGAUGACCAGACCAUCGCCGACCUGCUCUUCGAGCUCGCAAAUUGGCAUGCCCUCGCCAAGCUGAGGUUACACACCGCUGUCACGAUCAAGAUCCCCCGUGCCGCAACGACACAUAUGACGGAUACGAUGCGGCACUUCUCGGCGACGACCUGCGAGCGAUGGGAGACGCACGAGCUCCCUAGGGAAGUCGACGCGCGCGUGCACCGUAAGGAGAAGCGCGGUCGCAAUGUGCCGCCGGAAGUGCGCGAACGCCGCACAGUGCACUACAACGUACUCAACACCUUCAAGUUCCACGGCGUCCCGGAUUACCCAGAUGCGAUAGAGAUGACCAGCCCGAGUGACACCGGGAGCACACAAGUACUUGACGACUAUGUCCCGCGCCGCGAACGUCUGAGGCAAGACCGCCUUGCUCGUAUGGCCCCUCCGUCUGGCACAUUGCCACAUCCAGAGCCUGGUGGACACGAUGCAGAUGGUCGCCCAGAUCCGCCACUCCCACCAACCAACCCUCUCGAUCACUAUGCCAUCUCGAACACCUCGCGCCUGGCGCUUGGCAUGCGCAACUGGAUCUCCAGGAAUCGCAAUGAUCCGGCCGCGGAUAAUUGUAUUCCUCUCCUCCGCGCACACCUCCUUGGUAGACUCCUUGACUUGCCGCCCGGGGAAGGUGGAGAACCUGGCGCGUUCACCGAUGCGCAGCUCGACCACAUUGAAGCGCAGAACGAUCGCAUCUAUCGCGACAAGGUUCUGCGCGUCAACUACACAACAUAUGACAUCCGGCGUGAUCAAGAUAUCAUCAAACCAGGCCCAGAAGUCUAG